CAGUGUGGGGAUGUAAUGCCAAUAAGAAGAAGAAGCAACUACCGCGCAAUCACAUUGCUGAACGGCGCCUACAAGGUACAUAUGAUCGUCAACAACCAGGUCGGGUUCACUACCCCGGGCGACCGCGGUCGCGGUACUCGCUAUGCAUCCGAUCUAGCCAAAAGUAUCAUGGCUCCGGUAUUCCACGUUAAUGGGGAUGACCCCGAAGCGCUAACAAAGAUCACCAAACUGGCCUUCGACUAUCAGCAAAAAUUCGGUAGAGAUGUCUUUAUCGAUCUGAACUGUUUCCGCCGCUGGGGACACAACGAACUGGAUGAUCCAACAUUCACCAGCCCCUUGCUGUAUAAAGUAAUUCACAACCGCGGCUCGGUCCCAGACCUCUACGCCAAUAAGUUAUUAGAAUCAGGAGAUCUCACCCAAAAUGACAUCGAUACCAUCGUCAAGGGUCACCACGAAUUUCUUAACGCUGAACUCCAAAGCGUCAACAGCUACCAACCCGAACAGAGCUAUUUCCAGGCCCAGUGGAGCGGUAUCCAACAGGCAGGAAACGAGAUCACGGUUUGGAACACCGGAGUGGACUACAGUUUGCUGAACUACGUUGCGCAAACCAGCGUCGAGUAUCCGCCCGACUUUGCCCUUCAUCCUCACCUACAGAAGCACCAUGUAGCAGCUAGGCUUCGUAAAAUCAACGAAGGUAACCGGAUCGACUGGGCCACCGCCGAAGCCAUGGCCAUCGGAAGCCUCAUGUAUCAGGGAUGCAACGUACGAAUCAGUGGGGAGGACAUUGGCCGAGGUACAUUCUCCCAGCGGCACGCAAUGUUCAUCGACCAAAACACCAACGAAGUUUACAUCCCGCUGAACGAUCUUCAAGGCGGUGCUGGUGGAAAGCUGGAAUUGGCGAACAGUAUUCUGUCCGAAGAAGCGGUUCUUGGAUUUGAGUACGGUAUGGCAAUUGACAAUCCGAACAAUCUGGUCAUUUGGGAGGCUCAAUUCGGAGACUUCUUCAACGGAGCGCAGAUCAUAAUCGAUACAUUCCUAACAACCGGUGAAACUAAGUGGAUGGUGUGCAACGGUUUGGUGAUGCUUCUCCCGCACGGUUUCGAUGGGGCCGCCUCCGAACACAGCUCUUGCAGAAUGGAACGAUUCCUGCAGAUGACCGACUCGAAGGAAUCCACACCGGAUGGCGACGACGUCAACUUCGAAGUGAUCAACCCAUCCACGCCAGCGCAGUACUUCCACGCUCUGCGCCGUCAGCAAAUACGAAACUACCGAAAACCGCUGAUCGUGGUAGCGCCGAAGACGCUGCUCCGACUGUCGGAAUGCGUUUCGAGCCACGCCGAGUUCACCCCAGGAACGUCCUUCCAAACGGUGAUCGGAGACGCAACGAUAGGCGAUCCGAAGAAGGUCAAACGGGUUAUCCUGUGCAGUGGAAAGCAUUAUUACAACCUGAACAAUGAGCGACUGGCCAGCAAGAACAGCGAAGUGGCGAUCGUGAGACUGGAAUCGCUAUGCCCCUUCCCGGUGCACCGAAUUCAGGAAGAACUGGCCAAGUAUAACAAUUUGCAGGAUGUCGUGUGGAGCCAAGAGGAACAUCGCAAUAUGGGAGCAUGGACUUUCGUGCAACCCCGGUUCGAAAAUAUGUGUGGAAAGAGGAUCAAGUAUCGAGGACGCUACGAAGGAUCCACAAUUGCAGUAGGCGUCAGUUCAUGGCAUGCCCAGGAGGCAGAGCAGGUUAUUAAAACGGCUUUUCAGUGAAUGUAUGUUAUCUUAGUGCUGUAAAUACAAAUUGAUUAUGAUACCGGAAAUGAAGUAUCUUUUAAUUUACCUUACUGGAUACUUGGUUAGCUUUAGCGCCGUUAUACCUAUGCGUGG